CUCUUCCGGUAUAGAAUCCAUACGUGUGGCAGGUAUUAGAUUUUUCUCACUGCCAGUAUUCUAAAUCUAAAGCAAUCCUACAUAAUCAGCUACCGAAAUGGCAAAGUCAAAGAAUCACACCACCCACAACCAGUCUCGCAAAUGGCACAGAAAUGGAAUCAAGAAGCCAAAGUCUGACCGUUACGAGUCGUUGAAGGGGGUCUGCCCUAAGUUCCUGAGGAACAUGCGUUUUGCCAAGAAACACAACAAGAAGGGGGCACCCAAGGCUGUCAAACAAUGAACAGCAGACAUGUUCCAGAGACACCACACAUACCAUCUUUCCCAAAGGACUCUGUACUACCACCACAAUAAAGCCAUGGUUUGUUAAGGACACUGUCAACAACUCUCUUUUUUUUUUUUUUAAGAAGUUAAGGUAUUUUUCAUGCUCAUACUGUAGUUGACAUGACGUAUUGUGACCAGAUGAGCUGCCUAUUGGACAGAUUCAUUUGACGUCGAAACAUUCCUUGGGUGUGUCCAUAAAACGUUUGAGAAUCGG